UAACACAGAGACAUUUUAUUUAAGAACAAAGAGAGAGCUUAGCGCACUUCCGAAGAGAGUUGGAAGUAGGUCCUUCUCACAAGCGAGACCAGAGAUGCAAAGGCAGCGUAGAGGAAUUAUCUAGACAAGACAGAUGCUAUCAAGGCACCAAAAAAUAGACAGAAUGGUGGAUUGCUAGUGUUUGAUCUAAAGGAAAAAGCGAUGAUUGAACCAAAUGAAGCAAAGUCAGAUAAAUGCCUCUUUGGACACAGACCAAGAUUGGCAAGCAAAUUUUAUACAUUACCAACACGAGUCUCUCUAAAUGUAGCUAAGACACUCUCGGAAAAGAAGGAAGUCUCUUCAAAAACUAUUGAAAAUAAAAUUUCUUUAAAGAACCCUGAAAAUAGAGUGUCUUCAACGAGUAUUGAAAAUAAAAGUAUCUUAAAUCUACAGUCUGACCUGUGGUCAUCUUCCUUCUUAAAAGAAAGCACAGGUAAAGCGGGCAAAGACACAGUCAUUGCAAAGCAGGAGAAAAAUAAUGAAUCUUGCCUUCAGGAUACUGACAGUAAGUUGUCAGAAUCAACCGAUGAUGACGAAGAUGAUACCAAUGAUGAAGAUAAUAAUGAAAGCAGUAACGCUAAAAAGGAUACUUGCGCUCCACUAGAGUUAAUGGCAGAAUUCCUGAGAGCAGAGAUGGGCGGAGACUACCACCUGGCAAAAAAAUUAUGUCAGAUGAUUCUAAUCUAUGAACCAGAAAAUCCUGAGGCCAAGGAGUUUUUUGCACUUAUUGAAGAAAUGUUGCAGAUGGAGAAAGCUCAGAAUCUUAAGAAAGAUGAUGAAGAGAGCGAAGAAGACAGUAGCGAGGAGAGCGAAGGAGAAAGCAGUGAGGACGAGGAGGAUGACAGUUCUGACGAGUGUGAAGAAGGGUCGUGAAUGCUGCUGCCGUGGUUUAAGCUUCAUGUAUUUUCAUUAAUG